AUGAUGAUUGAUCUUGAUCAACACCCUUUAGAAAAUGACUUUCCUUGGGAGCAUGGAAUUGAUGUUUACAACACCCACGAGAACCGUCUCCGUUUGGAGGAACGCCCUUGUAUGUGCAACCCUUCUCCUCUUGGUGAAGCCGCCGGCAUGGCCGAAAUUACCCAUGACCAUAAGACCACCCAAUCAAAACCAAUUCCUACUGAUCAAGCACAAAAUACCUGA